UGUAGCAUUCCCUUUUAGAAUGUGUUUGAGUAGUUAUAUAUAUGCUUAUAAUAUUCUUUUUCUUUGUUUUGUCUGUUGCACAUUAAUUUUUUGUUAAAAUGCCUUAGUGAAAUAGAUUGUAGUGUGCAAUCAUAUUUUUUCAUAUACUGGCCAGAAGUAAGCUAUAAUAUAUAGACAAGAAGUAAGCUAUAAUAUAUAAUAGAUUGUUCUUCUUCUUGUCAGCAAAAAAAUAAACUCUCACCAAAAACAUACAUUGUCUCUCUCUCUAGUCAGUCAACUAGUCUUCCCUGUGAUCAUUUCCCAUUUUCCUCUCUCAAUCCUAGUCGUUUCCAUGCCCUCUUCCCUCUGCCAUUCUUUUGGAGACCCACUAGGAAUGGGUCCAAUCCAUGGCAUCAGCCAGAAUUAAGAAUCUACUAGUGGAUUUGGAAAAAAGGUUCUUUGAGCAAGCUCAAUGGAAUUUGGAUUCCAAGAUUCACCACAAUAACCUUCUCAAUAAUAUACUAGCAAAGAUAGAAGGAAAUAAUGGAAAUGUCGGUGAUGCAAUCAUGCCUGACUAUGAAGGUUUCGUGUCCGAAACAAAUGCUACAAAUAUUUUUGUAGUGAAGAAAGGCCAUUUUUUGACACCUCAUGCUGAUUACUGUCUUCCUGGCAUUACCCGUGCUACUGUUGAAGCAGAAGAUCUUUACUAAAAGAUCCUCCCACACUUAAGAACUUCUUAACAUAGAGGUGAGUUUUUUAUUACAAUUAAUGAGUACUUUUUUUUUGAUAAAAAAUUCUUUUGACUAUCUAAAGUUGUGGUGUACCUUUACCAUAGUUGAUUUUGUUUCUUAUGAUGGCACAAUUCAAUAGAUUAGGUUUUUUUGACUAUGAUCCUUAACUUUCUAUUUUUCAAUUUUUUUUUUUUUGUUCAUUCAUUAUAGUGAAUAGAAUCCAAGAGAACUGAAACAAUGAUAUGAGAGUAAAUAACGAUUUUAGAAUAACAAUUCAUGUAAUUGUAUGCACAUUUUCCAACUUUAUAAUAAUGUAAAGGUCUCACAUCUCUUAACUUCUUUUUUUAUUUAUAUUAUAUAAUAUUUGCCCAAAAUCUAGAAGUGUGGUUUUCACUAAAACUUAAUAAUUUUGUAAAAUUUUCUCACAUUCUUUUAUUUAUUUAGUUAGUUUUCAAAUUGGGUUGGGAUGCAUUAGCUCGUGAGUUCCUCCUAUACUACAAAUGAAUAUAUUAAUUUAGAAAAAAAAGAUGUAGAAAAGUCAGCAGCAUUCUCUUUCAAUUUGGUUUUUUUUCCCUUUAUCUUUUAAGUAUUUAUUUAGUUUUGAAAUUACUGAGUUCUUUUUUUUGUUUUGUUUGGGCCAUGUGUUUGUUUGCAAAGGAUGAUAGUGAUGUGGUAUUGAUGGCCUGUCUUUGUAGGUAGAAUUAGGUUACAUUAUAUUCAAUUUUCUUAGUAGAAUAAUUUUUUUUUGACAUGGUAUUUAAAAUACAGAGAAAUCAAUCAUUAAUCCUAAAUCCAACUUGACCAUUGCUUUAGUUCUUUGUGCAUACGAUUUUAUUCUUUCUUUCUAUCAAUUCCUUCUAAUUGUGGAAAUAAAGUGAAUAUAUAUGUUUUUUAUAUUUGUUUGUUUGUUGGGGACAAAAGAAAGUCUCACAUAUAUCUUUAAACGUUAAACUUAGUGAGAGUGUGGGCUUUUGAUGUAGAAAUUCACUCACACCAUCUAAUUCUCUAAUGAAACUUUUGUAUGUGUCAAAAUUUUGCUAAUGCUAAUUUUGAUUGCACUCAUCAUGAUUUUGACUAAAAGCUUACGUAAGGGAGAGUAGAGGGGGUUCAGCCAGCCUAAGAAUUCUUCUUAGGGUAAGUUUCAUUUGGAUUUUCUUUAAGUAUUUUAGUAUGAAUAUGUCCUUAGAGAUCUCUUGAUGUUAUAAGGAAUUGGAAAACCAACUUUGGAGAAGGAAACUCCAUAGUCUCGGCUUAGAGAAUUCAAGAGCAAGGGGUAUGUAACACUUUGGUUUUCUUAAAGGGUUCGACCAUGAUGGUCUCUCAAAGAAUCGUUGUUCUUGAUUAUGCUAGUAUAUUUAUUCUAUUUAUAUUGAGUAUUUUUUGGUCUUCUUUUUAGUCAAUAUUAUAUGCAUUAAUUUUAAUUUGUUGGUUGUUUCAUUGCAUUGACUAUCAGUUUCCUUACAAAUGUUAGAGGGGUUUAUUUUAUGUCUAAAAACUCUAAAAUGAUUGAUUUGAAUAUAAAGCCUCAUAAGUUGCAUGAACAAUCUUCAAAUAAUUAGGUUAGACUCACUGACUGCUAAUUCAAUAUCCAUUUCUUUGUUUGUAGGAUCAAGAAUUUUUCUUCUUAUUUUCUCUAUUGUAGUAGAGAAAGAACACACAUAAGACAUUACCAUAAUUCUAUUAAAUCAUAACACUAUUUAGGCACUUAUUAUGGAAAAAAAACACAAACGGAUCAACGAAGCACUACAACAUAUAUAGCAUGCUUAAUCAUAUAUUUUAAGUUUUCAUCUGCUGAUAUAACAAUUUAAAACAUUAUUUGUGUUGAAUAAGAAGGGCAAAACAAGUAACAAGUAUGAAAAAGUAUGAAUACAGUUAGUACCUGAAGAAGCAGUUCCAGCAAAAACAGCUUGCAUUGACUGUUUUGGAAGCCUUCCAGCUGAUCCCAUCAAGCUUCAACCAACUAAACACCAUAGGUUUUCUCACUUGAUUUUGUGCACCACACUCAUUCUAUCAGCGGAGCCACCAUUAAAGAGAGAACAAACAUAGAAAAUCCCAAGUUGAGUGUUAGCCUUGAACUCAAUUUCCCAAACAGCUACCCCAAAUUAGUAUCAGAACCAGAACUAGUAUUGAACAACUCAUGUAAGCCCCAGAGAAAACCUUCUCAACAUGAAGGAUUUUAGUACUGAUGUUUCUCACUUGUUUUUAAUAUUUAGCUUCAAUGGACAGAGAGAUGUUGUUCUUUCUUUUCAUGUUUCCCCUGCCUGUUUAAAACCAUGGAGUUGGAAAAUUACAUAGGAUCCGUUUUUUGUUAGAACCAUGUACACUACAACAACACUUAAUUGAAGCACUACUAUUUCUUUUAUCUUGCAGGUUUUGGGGAUACUUCUUCCCUAACUGUCUCUGUCCAUUUUUGGGGAAAUUAUAAUUAGGAUGUCUUCUUUCAGGGCAUUGAUCGUGAAAGAGUGGAAAGAAUGGAAGCUCGACUGAAAGAAUAUUGCUUCAUCGUCCAAGGAUACUGCUUUUUUUUCAAUCAUUUUUCAUUCUUCCUAUGCUGUAUUGUGCAUUUUAGAUGAUAAAUGUAUUUUG